AGGCAGAUUUUACACCUCAGCUGAAUUAGUGUCCAACAUUGGAUGUUCCAGUUGGAAUUGGCAAAGGGCCCCUCAGACUGGAGCUGCGGGAGGGAGAGAGAGAGAGACAAAGAGAGAGAAGGGAAGAGAGAGCAAUGGUCAGAGAGCAAAAUACCAGUUGUGGGCAGUUGGAGGUGGAUUCCAAGACCUGAGGGUUUUGAGAGCCCCCGGGGAGGAGCCCCGGCCAGAGUCUCACAGCUCCUUCAGAGGGAGCACCAUGUCUGCGGAAGUCCUGGAGGCAGCCUCCGCGGAGGAGCAGAAGGAAAUGGAAGUUAAAGUGACACGUCCAGAGAAAGCUGAAGAAGCAAAAUUAAAAGCAGGAUAUCCUCAUUUGGGACAAAAGCCUGCAGGUUCAGAUUUCUUAAGGAAACGAUUGCAGAAAGGGCAAAAAUAUUUUGAUUCUGGGGAUUACAACAUGGCUAAAGCAAAAAUGAAGAGCAAGCAACUUCCUACUGCAGCCCCGGAUAAGACGGAGGUCACUGGUGACCACAUUCCCACUCCGCAGGACCUUCCUCAACGGAAACCAUCCCUUGUUGCUAGCAAGCUGGCUGGCUGAUUAAAAGAGCUGAACUGCAUGAAUCUGCUAAUUCCCAUUGUUUCUCUUUAAUAUGUUACUUG